AUGCUUUUAACUCAGUACGCUCUUUUCACUUCGCUUCUUGCCGCCACCUCCCAGGCCUGGCUGCCCGGUGAGCACCGACAAAUCAUCUCCCGCGACGGAGUUGAUCUCUUCAACCGAAGCAGCCUGCACGAAGCAGGACUGCUGAGGAAACGAUACCUCCCGGACAACUACGGAAACGACAAGAACGCCAUCCGAGGCGUCAACUUGGGGUCGCUCUUCAUUGUGGAGGACUGGCUGUCGGACGAUGUCUUCAAAGGGUUCGGUUGUUCCAACAAGUCGGAGUUUGAUUGCGUCUUGUCGAUCAACGAUCAAGACAAAGCCAACCGUGACUUCCGGGGUCACUGGGGGUCUUGGAUCACGAAGGAUGACUUCACGCAAAUGGUCUCCUACGGCCUGAACACCGUCCGUAUCCCUGUGGGGUACUGGUUCCUCGAAAGCAUCGUCGACAAGAGCGAACACUUCCCCAAAGGCGGUGAACAUUAUCUGGACCAGGUCGUCGGGUGGGCCAAGGACGCUGGCCUGUACGUGAUCAUCGUCCUCCACGGCGCACCCGGCGCUCAGGCCACAGACGCCUUCACUGGCCAACUCAACCCGACUCCAGGCUUCUACAGCACCUACAACUACGACCGAGCCUACCAGUGGCUCGAGUGGAUCACGAACAAAGUCCACACGAACCCAGUAUACUCGACCGUCGGCACGCUGGAACUGGUCAACGAGCCGGAACGCAAUUCCGACACGGCGAAAUAUCCCGACGCCAAAGCGAACACGGACAGCAUGCGCCAGACAUACUAUCCGACUGCGUGGUCGAAGAUCCGCGCCAAGGAGUCCUCCCUGAAUGUACCAUCGGACUCACAGCUUUCGAUCAUGAUGAUGGACCAGAAAUGGGGCUCCGGCGACCCCAAAGAGUACCUCCCAGACCUGAACCUCGCGGCCUACGACGACCACCAGUACGUCAAGUACGCGGGCGUCGCCGAGGACAAGGACGCGUAUCUCCGGUUCUCAUGCAACGACGAUCGGUCCGGCAACUGGCCUGUCUUCGUGGGCGAGUGGUCCCUCUCUGUCGCGACGGACGUGGAGUGGACGGACGAGUGGAAUCCCAACAGGGAUGAGAACAAGGACUUUUACCGCAAGUGGUGGGCCGCGCAGGUCAUCUCGUACGAGAAGACGGCACAGGGUUGGGUCUUCUGGACAUGGAAAACAUCAGGCAGUCUCAACGAUCCGCGCUGGGACUACAAGAUGGGUGUUGCCGCGGGGUUGAUCGGGACGAAUAUAGACAGUGCUUACAGCAUGGGUGCGUGCAGCUAG